AAAAAACAUUUCUCCCAUGAAUAUUAUGAAAGGUUUCUUAUUUAAACUUUCCAUACACCGUUGUAGAAAAUAAAUUACCCAUUAUUAAAUGAUAAUAAAUAUAAUCAGAGAUUAUAUACGCACUUUUCUAAAAUAAACAACUUGCAACAAAACCGCGGUUAAAACCAACGCGUUCAAGCGAUUCGUGUAACUGACGUCAUCAACCCGUGUGUCAUCUUGAACCAUAUUAUAACCGCGGCACAUAACACAGAAAUUUUGGUUAUUCGCUUGGAUUUGAUUUGAUUAUACUCGACUGUAGUAAGACGAAGACAGUGAUAGUCGACGCCAUUAGCGAGUUUGCGCAGUCAGUUAAAACCAGGCAUACAAAAUAGGUGGUUGUGCGAUCCAUUUUAUAAAAUUAGGUGCUGCAAAUAAGUAAGUAAAUUUGUAUUUUAGCAUGAUAAAUGGUUGUUAUUUUGCACACGUAAUGAUUAAGGUCUACGACAAGCGAAUAGCUAAUAGUUCUGUUUUUUUUCUUGAAUUGGCUAUUUUUGUUUUAAGUAGUGGAGCGUGUAACAACGCCCAGCCAAAUGGGUGGGCGUUAUUAAACAGCCUAAGCGGGCGUUAUUAAACAAAUGAAAACAUGAUAUUUUUAAACUAUUUCAGAAGCGAUUAGGCAUGGAAAAGAAAUCGUCGACGCCAGUCCGAUAAAGAGGUGUAGGAUGGGACGAAGCGAAUAUGGAGGCAGCCAUUCUGCCAGUAUCAAGCGGGAUCUUAACUCAGAGAGCUGCGUCGGAGAGAUAUCAUAUUCCCAGAAGAAC